AUGGGCAAAUCUCUCAUGGACAAGAUCCAGGCCAAGCUGGAGCUCUUCCGUCUUGAGCAACGCUACACCCGCCGCCGUCAUAGACGUUCCACCUUUGUAUCCAACGCUGUCUAUGUCGAUGGCGAGUACGUCUAUCAGACUCCCAACAGCACCGGGUCUUCCUCUGGUUCCUCAAACAUGGACGCUCUCCACGGCGAUAAGGCCGCUACAAGCCCCAUGGCCUCUCCCAACACCAUCGUCAUUGAGGAUCACCACUUCCCCUCUGAGACUCAGCGUCAGCAACCACAGCAGCAACCCAUGGCCACUGCUGAGCGUAAGCGACUGAACCGAUUCAGCUCAAUUCCUCAAUUUGGCGGCUCCAGCAAGACCAUGCCUAGUGUUAAGGAACGAAGGACCAGCAUGAUCCGAUGA